ACAUGGAGCGCGGAAACGCGGAAACGCGGAAACGCGGAAAGAAAGUAACUAGAUUCCGCGUUUCCGUCGCUUCUUUCUAUCUCAUUUGAGCGGAACAGCGGAAUUUAUGCGUGUUUUGACUGUUUCGUGUGUGUGUGUGCCAAGAAGUGCAAACAGAUAUAUAAAGAAGUGUAAAACGUUUAUUAUAAUGAACGGCCCAGCUAUAAAGUGUGGAUACUGCGGUUUCAUUUUACGUGGAUCAUGUGGAACAAUUUUAGACCAUCAUUGUUUUAGUGCAUAUGAUGAAAAUACUGAGGCCAUAAAUGUUGACGAAAAUGCCGUGGCCACUAUAAGAAAAAGACAUGAAACUGAAAAUAUACCGCAUACGAAAGAAAGAGAUGUACAGUCUGCACUCACACAAGAUGAGUUGCUGAUUGAAUUAGUUCGUACCCGAAGGCCUUUGUGGGACCAUUCUAUUCCAUUGAAAGAUAGGACAAAAUUAAUAAAAGACAAUCUUUGGCAAGAAAUUGUAAACAUAUUUGAUGGAUCUCUAUCUAUGGAAGAAGCAAAACAGAAAUGGAAAAACCUUCGAGAUCAGUAUACAAAGGCUAGAAAGAAAAUGCGUGGAUACGUGCGAAGUGGUUCUGGGGCGGAAUCUGGCCAUCCAUUACGUAGUUCUUUUGCUCAUUACGAAGAAAUGAAAUUUCUCGACGAUACUCUACAGACAGCACCGACUGUCAGCUCCAUCCAGCCCCUUUUGGAAGUGAAUUCAUCCCAUCUUGAUGACAAUGAUAUGCAAAGGAAUGACAUGGCUGCAGACCACUUCACUUGUGAUGAUUCCACGAUGGACGUUGCAAGUACAUCAAACGCAUCAUCACGAAGAUCAUGUUCACCGUCAGAGGCGAGAAAGAAAAAAGCAAAGAUUGCACAAAGGCAAGCUGAUAUGGAAACUAAAUUUCUCAAUAUAAUUGAUGAAGCGUCACAGAAGAAACGUGAUGUAGUGGACAGCUAUUUAGAUCAGCUUGGUGACAUUUUACGCCGACUACCCUACUUACGACGCAGAAAUCUGCAAAGAAGAAUGAUGGAUAUUGCUAUCCAAGAGGAGGAUAUGGAACUUACGGAGCGAGAGAAUCCCUAAUAAAAAUAUUACUUUCUUGAUAUAUUUUUUUAUUUCAUGAUAUAUAUAUAUAAAAUAAAAUAUUUUUUUAUUCGA